AUGAGCCUUCGCGCCACUCUCGCGGCGGCUCUCUGCGCGGGACUCUGCUGCAGCCUCUUGGCCGCGGGUUCUGCGGGCUCUGCUGCUGCGCCUGCUGCAGCAGGCGCUGCUGCUGCUGCUGCUGCUGCGCCGCCCCGGGAAGCAGCGGCCGGGCUCCCGCUGCAGUCCCCCGAGCCCUCCGCAGAGCCUCCGCCGCCUCUCAGCAGCUCGGGCCCUCAACACCAGCCGGCCCCCCCCGCUGCAGCAGAAGCAGAAGCCCCCAAAGACGGAGAGUCCAGCGGCUCUGGGGGCCCCGCAGGGGCCCCCAGUGCCGCGGGGGCCCCCGCGGGGGCCCCCGCCGGGGGCCCCUUGGCCGCGGGCCCCAACCUCCGGCGGCUCAAGGGCCACAGGGGGGGCCCCCGAGCUGCUAGAAACUCGCGACUGCCCAAGUCGGCCCUGCCUGUAUCUCCCAUCAGCACGGGCUGGGGCGCCUUCCUCGUAGGGCUGGGGUCGCUGCUGUCCGCCGUGGCUCUGUGGCGGAAGACCAGCGAACUGUACCACAGCCCGCGCCAGGCCUUGCGCAAGGCAAAGAUGCGAAUCUUAGGGCAAGUGCCGGCGUCGUGGGAAGACUACGUGCGGAACUUGCCGGUGCUGGACGAAAUAGAGUUUCCGGAGUUGCGUCCGUUGCUGAAGCGGCUGGAGAAGAAGCCGGUGGUGUUGAUGUCCGUGCCGAAGCCGCGGGCGCGGCUGGCGGCGUUCCUGGGGCUGACUGAGGAGCAGCGGGAAGAAGGCAUAGUGAUAAAGGGGAAGGCGACAGCGGGGUGCAGCGCGAAGGAAGUGGCCUUCGAGUUGUUCGCGCACGAAAAACUGGCCAAGGGGCUGCCGCUGUCGCUGCCGGCCCUGGGGGCCUUCAGAGACGUAGACGCCAGCACUCUGUACUUAGUGACCCCGAGAGCCCGCGCAGACGUCUCCAUGUACACGCGGCGCAUGCCCGAGAAGGUCAAGCUGCGGCUGGCCUUCGCGGAAAUGGUCUUCGCGCUGUGGGGCAUGCACCGGAAGGGGUGGGUGCACCGGGACAUAAAGGGGUGCAACUACUUCGUGAGCCAGGACGGCCACGCGUUGCUGGCGGACUUCGAGGGUUUUUGGCGCAACGGCAUGCACGCGAUAAUGUACGGAGAAGAAGUCGAAAUUAUCUUUACAGAACACUACAUAGCCCCCGAACUCACCUUCGACGGAGAGUACCAAGUCUUCGACUUCAAGACAGAUGUCUAUGCCCUCGGGGUCACUUUCCGGGAAAUGCUCGACUGGAUGGGGGGGCUGCCAGUGCCCCACAGGGACUUGGCCGAGGAUUUGAUUCGCCACAUGACGGACGCGGACACGGACAACCGCUACGACAUCGAGCAGUGCAUGAAGCACCCCUACUUCGACGGACUCAACUUCGAACUUGUCGAAAAAAAGAUGUACGGAAAGGCAUUUGAGGGGACUUACCAGACUCCCUACAAGUUCCUGUGA